CUAGCUAUGACUUGGUACAUAAUAACUUAAUUUUGGAUCAGAGUGUCAAUAAUUAGAGCAGUUAGAACCUUGAGAGAAAUAUCUUGUUGACCAACUCCACCUCUUGCUACUAUUUUCCCCUAUCUUUUAUGUUGACUUCUUCUAUAAAUACCAUACAAAACUAACACAAUACACCAUAUCACUAAUUAAAGCAUUUACAAUAUAAUCAAGCUUAUUAGUGUUGAAAACACAAGCAUACAUUAAUUCACAAGUCUUAAACAAACAUGGUUAAGUCCAUGGGCUACUUCAUUUUGGUGGCUCUCCUAGCACUUGCCCCUCUAUGCUUAUCUCACAAAAUACACGGUGGUGGUGGUCGAGGUGGCUAUCUCCACCCUCAGUUCUACGACCACUCGUGCCCUCAACUGCAUCAGAUUAUCAAGUCAGUUGUUGCUCAGGCGGUUUCAAGGGAUCGUAGGAUGGCUGCUUCCUUGCUUAGGCUUCAUUUCCAUGACUGCUUUGUUAAGGGAUGUGAUGCCUCAUUGUUGCUAGACAAUGGUGGAGGCAUAGUCUCUGAGAAGGGGUCCAACCCUAACAGGAACUCAGUUCGAGGGUUUGAGGUCAUUGAUGCUAUCAAGGCUGCAGUAGAGAAAGCAUGCCCUCAUACUGUCUCUUGUGCUGAUAUCCUUGCUGUAGUUGCCAGAGAUUCAACUGUCAUUGCUGGUGGACCGAACUGGGAGGUGCCCCUAGGAAGAAGGGAUUCAAGAGGAGCAAGUUUGAGUGGAUCAAACAAUGACAUUCCUGCUCCAAACAACACUUUUAACACCAUUCUUACCAAGUUCAAACGCCAAGGCCUCGAUCUUAUUGACCUUGUUGCCCUCUCAGGUGCUCACACAAUAGGAAAUGCAAGGUGUGUUAGUUUCAGACAAAGGUUGUACAACCAGAACAGAAACGGGCAACCAGAUUUCACACUUGACCAAGUUUAUGCUUCUAAGUUGCGCAACCAGUGCCCGCGGUCAGGUGGUGACCAAAACCUGUUCUUUUUAGACUAUGUUUCCCCCUUCAGUUUUGACAACAGUUACUACAGAAACAUAUUGGCUAACAAAGGGUUACUGAAUUCUGAUCAAGUUUUAUUAACCAAGAAUCAUGCUUCAAUGCAAUUAGUGAAGCAAUAUGCUGAAAAUAUGGAGUUGUUUUUUGAUCAUUUUUCCAAGUCCAUUGUUAAAAUGGGUAAUAUUUCCCCAUUGACAGGAAUGCAGGGUGAAAUCAGGCAAAACUGUAGGAGGAUUAAUGCUUACUAAGAUUAUUCCUCUGUUUUUUUUUCUCUGUUUUGUUGUUUCAGUUGAAAACAUGGUGUAAUUUAUUUUCUUUUUUUUCUUUUUACUACUUUUUUUUACUAUUUGAAUUUCUGUGUGUUUGAAGCAGUGUAAUUGCUGUUUGUGGCAAGCUCUGAGAGGAAUUUGUAUUUCAAUGUCUUCUUUUCUGAAUGAAAAAAACUGAUUCAUUGCUAAGCUCA